UUCCUUAGCUAUUGCUUUGCCGGCUGCCAUUACAAGAGCACUGAUACAACUGUGUACUUCGAUACCUUUGUUUGAUAACUUGCUUGCUCACCUUGUCUCCAACCAUGGCCUUGGCUUUCGCUGGUAAAGCUGUGGCUGUCUCAGCUAUCUCUGCGAUUGUCCGCAAGUCUUUUGAAUACCUGGAGAAGUAUACAAAAGCAGAGGGGAUGAAGUCGGUGAAGGAGAAGCUGGAGAGGACUCUCCCACAGGUGCAAGUAGUCUUUGAUGCCAUUGAUAUGGAGCGGGUGAGGGACCAAAGCGAAGCGCUUGAUGCAUGGCUUUGGCAGCUCAGGGAUGCUGUCGAGGAGGCCGAGGAUGUUCUUGAUGAAGUGGAGUACUACAAGCUUGAGAGAAAGGUGAAAACUCGAGGUAAUAAGGCUAGCAGUUCUCUGUACAAGUGUAAGUGGAUGUUUAUCCAACAGUUUAGUACUAUGCUUAAGGUUGGUACUUUUAAGAGAAUGGUAGAUGCGAUGAGGAAACUUGCUGAGGUUGCUGCUACUGUGGAGCGUUUCGUACUACUCGUGGAUCGUUUUGAUCCAUCGAGUUUGAGGCACAUAUGUCAUCAGGAAAUCGGUAAUCCCCGGGAGACUAGUUCCUUCUUGGUUGAUGAAAAAAUACUUGGCCGUGACACCGAGAGGGAUCAGGUUAUUGAAUGGUUGGUCAAGCAAGGAAGCGAUGAUAUUCAAAAUCGUGAUGGUUGCAAUGUCUCCACUUACGCUAUAGUGGGCAUAGGAGGCAUGGGCAAGACGACACUAGCACAAGCAGUCUACAAUGACCAUAGAGUGAAGCAAUGUUUUGAUCAUAUUAUGUGGGUGUGUGUCUCCAGUGAUUUUGAUGUUCAUGGUCUGGCAAGAAAGAUCGCACAAGAAAUGACUGGACGAGGUACUGAUAUCACUUGUCUAAAUACACUUCAAGAGAUCAUCAGGAGGAAACUGAGCUUGAAGAAAUUUUUGCUUGUAUUUGAUGAUGUAUGGAAUGAUGAGAGAAGAAGUGACUGGGAGAAGUUAGUCGCCCCUCUAAAAUUUGGCCAAAAGGGUAGUAAAAUCUUAUUGACAACUCGAAUGCAAUCAGUUGUAAACAUUUUUGAAAGAGUAGUAGGAGAACGAACCAAGUCUCUGAUAUUGGGGGGUCUAGAUGAUAAUGAUCUUUUGGCACUUCUGAACAAACAUGCAUUUUUUGGAGUAAAUCCUGAUGAUCAUGUGAACUUGCAAGAUAUUGGAAAGAAAAUCAUUAAAAAGUUGAGUGGGAGCCCAUUAGCUGCAAAGGUAUUGGGUGGUCUAUUGAACAACUCUAUGGAUAGUAUAUACUGGAACCGAAUGUUAAAAGAAAAUAUCUCUACUAUUGAGCAUGGUAACGAAGGUGUCAUGAAGAUUCUAAGAUUAAGUUAUCAUCAUCUUCCCCCACAUCUACAGGCUUGCUUCAGAUACUGCAGCAUGUUCGAAGAAGAUUAUGAGUUCACGAAAGACUAUCUGGUCAAAUUAUGGAUGGGCUCAGGACUAAUCCAGCUAUCUGUAGAUGAAGAUCAUACGUUAGAGGAUGUGGGAGAGCAUUAUCUGGGCAUACUUGCAAGGAAGUCUUUCUUUGAGAUACAUUCAGGAGAUACCAGCAAAAUGAGUAACCUUGGUGAGUUUUCUCAUGAAUGCUAUGUGAUACAUGAUUUAUUGCAUGAGCUAGGGCGUACCAUGUCCAAAACAGAAUGUAUCAAUAUUUCCAGCUGUUAUUAUGGUAGUAUUCCAAGAACAGUUCGCCAUGCAAUAAUUACAGUGGAAAAUCGUAGAGUGUUCACAGAUUUCUCUGCACUAAACAAGCUGCGGACCCUUCUUAUAUCAUUUGAUGAAACAAUAAAGAAAAGGGAUCAGUGGGUUGCACUGCAAAAAGUGCUAAAAGUAGCAACAAAAUUACGGGUUUUGGGAGUAAACAGAUCCUCACUUUUAAAGCUGCCUGAUGCAUUUGGUAAUUUAAUGCACCUUCGUUAUUUGCAUCAUCGGGGGCCACUAAAGAAAGUGGCAAGAUAUUCAUUCUGGUGUCCUUGCUCUAUAUACAAGUUAUAUCAUCUCCAGAUGUUACGGGUGUAUAGAUGUUUGUUAGUAUCCUGGAGACUGGGAAAUUUGGUUAGUCUGAGAUAUCCAGACUUUUCUGGUCAAAUAAUUGGAGAUCCAACUUUUAUUGGACACUUAACUUCCCUUCAACACUUGCAUUUCGAUGUCCCACAUCGCUAUGGUUUCCUGGCACGUGAGCUUGAGCACCUAAAAGGUCUCCGUCAUUUAUAUGCCAGUGGGCUUGAAAAUGUCAAUGCACGAGAAGCUACUUUGGCUAAGCUGGGUGAAAAGGAAAAUCUCAUUAUGCUGUCACUCACUUGGCAGAGUAGCCAACUUGAAGCAGAUAGGGAGGAACGAGUACUCAAUAGCCUUCAACCUCACACAAAUCUUGCCAAGCUGAAGAUUGAAGGAUAUAGUGGUAUGAAAUCUCCGUAUUGGAUGGAAAAUCCCAUGCUCACCAACUUGACAUAUAUUUCGCUCGCAUGUUGUAACAACUGGCAACACCUUCCACCUCUAGGCAGGCUACCUUCACUCAAAUAUCUCUACUUAAGAGACAUGAAUGCAGUGAGAAGAAUAGAAGAAUCCUUUUAUGGCUGUGAGGUUACUUUUGCCUUCCCAUCUCUUAAGUUGCUCUCAAUUGUUAGGUUUCCAUUGCUAGAGGAGUGGGUUGAAGUGGAGGGUAUGAUUAUGUUUCGGCGGCUCGAGCAACUCUGCAUUAGUCAAUGCAGUGUAUUGAGAAAUAUUCCAGCAUUGCCAUCUACUCUCGCUUAUCUAGAAAUAAUUGAUGUUGGUUUGUCUACUCUUCCUGCAACUUACCAUUCUUGUGAAACAACAGUAAGUCAAAAGCCACUAUGUUCCAGGCUGAAGAUCUGAAGGUGUCCAAACCUAGUC